AGUCGGUGUAUUUGCGCUUAUUUCGGUUCUGUUUGAGUAAUUAUUUAUUUAAUUGACUGUUAAUAGCCGUUUUUUUGACUGCAGAAUCCACACAGAGCUUUUUUGUGCCUUGGUUCGCUUUCUAGUUGGCUAGCUUGUUAGCCUGUAUGUGAGUUAACGUUAAUGGGUCGUUGCUAUGUUGAGGUUUAUUAGGUUAGCCACAAAACACUGUGGUAACAAACCGAGCUAAAUUAGGAAAUAUGACCUUAUAUUUUUAUUACAACCUACCUAGCUAGAAGCGACCACACUGUUAACCUCUGUGUGCCUUUUAUAGCACAUUUAAUAAAGGUGCUUUUGUGAAGAUGGCCUGUAAGAGAUGAGAGCAAUGAAGCCCACAAGGAACCUGAUGCUGGUGCUUUGUCCCACACUGGUGCUGGGCUUCCUUUACUACUCAUCUGGCAGACUGCAUCUGCAGGUCUGGGGGCAAAAAUCACAAGUGGACGCAGAUAACUCAGUCUUCGUGGGACAUGUAGCAGUGUAUGACAAGCAGGGAUUCCUCCUCAAGCUUGAUGUAAAACUGCCACUGGAGCUGCAGUAUAAGUACGGCAACCUGAGUAAAGGAGAGUGCAGGCCUGGCUACUCAGAGGCCAAGAUGACCUCAAUCUAUCCAAAAUUUGCCAGACCAGCCCCUAUGUUCCUCGACCCAAAUUUUAAACGUCUAUCAAAGAUAGGCAGUUUUUCACCUCCCUUCGGCAUAAAAACCCAAGAAAAGAUCAUCGAUAUUAUUUUAGCCGAGACAAAGAACUACGGGCUGGGACCUGAACUGGACAGUUUGAGUUGUAAAAGAUGCAUCAUCGUCGGGAACGGGGGCAUCCUCUCCAACAAAUCCUUGGGCUCCAAAAUUGAUGAGUAUGAUGUGGUCGUAAGGCUGAAUGAGGCUCCAGUAAGUGGCUUUGAGAAAGAUGUGGGCUCCAAGACCACCAUGCGCAUCACCUACCCAGAGGGGGCGAUCCAGAAGAUUGAACGCUAUGAAAAAUCCUCCCUGUUCGUCAUCUCUGCCUUCAAACCUCCAGAUAUCAAAUGGUUCAGACAGAUGGUGUUCAAGGAGAGACUCCGCGGAACGGAGGGGUUCUGGAAGUCGGUGGCGCGGAGUGUGCCGAGGGAGCCGGAACACAUGCGGAUUCUGAACCCCUUCUUCAUCCAGGAGGCAGCGUUCAGAUUCAUCGGCCUGCCGCACAACAAUGGCCUCAUGGGUCGAGGGAACAUUCCGACACUGGGGACAGUGGCGAUUACGAUGGCUCUGCAUAACUGUGAUGAAGUAGCGGUGGCUGGCUUUGGGUAUGACAUGAGCACACCCCACGCUCCGCUGCAUUACUACGAGAAGCUCAGGAUGUCUGCUAUUAAAGAGUCAUGGACACACAACAUAGCAAAAGAGAAGGAGUUUUUGCGAAAGCUGGUGAUGGCUGGGGUCAUACACGAUUUGACCAACGGGAUAUGAACCUAUCACACUGAAACAAGAGAACUCUCAUCAGAGACACCAGAGAAUCUUCAUUGUUCCUACAGUUUCUGUGCGGACGUUCAAGCAACUGUCUUGACUGCUUGUUUUUUAAGGUUCUGGAUCGUGUCCAAGUCCAAAUCACUUCAGCUCUGCUUGCCAAUGGAGCCACUGAAUACCUUAUUACACCUAUUCUAUGAUAUUGAAGAUGCUUUUUGAGCUUUUUUCUUAUCAGUUGGAGUUAUUAAUUGGAAUGAGAACAUUGUGACAUUGGGCUUCCCAGAGUUCUUGUACAGUCCAUCCAGUGAACACCAGCGACAUUAUAUUAACAUAUGCUCAAAAGGCACCUUUGAUGAGGGUGAUGAAAAUGUGCUGUGUGCUGUAAAGUGACUUCAAGUCUGUGACGAGAAUAAUGCCGUGGAAUAAUACUGACUUUUCUUUUGCAAGAGACAUUUACACACAAUGCUGAAAAGAAGAGAGAGAAGAGAGAGAGGAGAGUUUGUCUGUGCCAAACCUGCAGCAGCUUUACAGAGUGCGCUGCCUGCAGUGGUGGGGUUUAACAGAGCAGGAUUUCUCAGCCAGAUAUCUCUGAAAUAAUAAGCUGAAAAACGUACGUAUCCAAUAGGGGAAGAGGUAGGAAAAGUUCCUAUUGCACAGUUCUCACUUUGUGUUUACCUCAAACUGCUGCAUCUGUGGCAUGUGGUCACCUAACACUAACGAAAAUGAUGAUCGUUCUAGUUCACUGUAUUUUUAAUUAGGAAACCAAUUCUUAUUGUGUUUUAUGCUGAGCUCAGAGUGGCUAAGCAAAGGCUAAUAUUAUAUAGCCUGAGGAUAGACUGCGUGUGAGUUUAAAUUCGAAACAUGCUGCUUUGCAUCAGCAGCCAGAGUCUGAGAGAGCACAAUUGACCGCGCUCUCUCUUGGUGGGUAGAUGGCAUUCUAUUCCCGUAUCACACUUAUUGUGAUACUGGCCAGCCCAGGAGUUUUCUGGCUCAUGUAUCAAAGCUAGGGAUCUGGCGCUUUCCUCCGAGGAAAGGUGUUGGCUGCCUAGUGAUGCUGCAUUGGCGACAGUUCACAUUGGCGUCUGACUUCACAUAAAAUUGGAAAAUUGGAUCUAAAAACAAUUAAAUAAAGAAAUUCAUAUUGUAAGUCAUCAGAGUUUCUCAUCUGUUCUGUGUUUUUCUAUCAUAAUCAGCCUUAUGCUAUUAUGGUACAGAUGCAGCACAUAGAGAGGGUAUGUUGAACAUGCUGGAGUUUUUCUUUGCUUUAUAUCCAACUUUACUGAGAAUUUCUUUUUAUCUUGCUUUGUGAACAAUGCCCCUGUACGUGGCUGAAUGUAUUCUCAGUUGUAGGCCCAUCACAGUUGUGUUUUAAAAAAAAAAAAAAAGCUACUUUGCGAGAGAGAAAGUCCGUCCUUCAACUUGUUUGUGUGUUUUUGACUGUGUUGGUUCAGUUUUUCAGAAACUCCUCUUUUUUGCUUUCUAUUGACUUUUGUUUUUAAACCCCGGCAUGUUCUUUAUUUUAUUUAUUUUGUUAUUAUUAUUAUUAUUAUUAUUAUUAUUAUUUUAUUAUGAAUUAGUUAUCAGUAAUGACUGUAUAUAAGUAUCGACACCACAGCUCUAAUCUCCCUAAUCUAUUCCCUUUCAUUCUACAGAAAUUUAAUCAAAGUUUUUCGAAUUUGCAACCAGUCAACCAGUGCAGUCCACAGAGACCACAGAGGGGGUGGAGCCAGACUCGCUUGCUCAGUUGGUAGGGCCGCCCACUUCUACCAGUGCUAGGAAUUUGUCUCAGACCAACUUCAUUGAGUUUAUUUCACAGCCUAAAUUACCAAUAGAGGCAAGGUGGAUAUGUUCACUGGAUAUCCACUUAGCACAGGCUGUCAAUCACUUCAUCACUUUGUCAAUUCAUAGGUGCAUAUGAUAAUACAGUUAAAUAUAAAAAAUUGAUUUUUGUGGAAAAAUGGAAGAAAAAAAAUAGCCAAUAUUAAUUAGCACAGAGAAAACAGAGGAAAAUUUAUUUGAUUUUAUUUUUAUUUUAUUUUUUGUUUCAUUGUUAUUGAAAUUAGGCAGAGCAGCAAAAUCAUACCGCAACCGGCCAGCAGAGGUGCUAGCUUUAAUCUUAAAGGAGAACUCUGGUGUUAAAUUGUGUAAAGUUUUAUUGUAGUAAAACGUGAUAAAGGGUACUAAUCUUUGUUGAAUAGUCCAGUAGUUCAGUAGCUCAACAAAGGUUAGUAGCCCCAGUAGUGGAGCCACUUUGAGCCUGAAUAACGUAGUAAAAAGCGAUUUAUCUUCAGAGUGGAUGCCCCAAAGCGCCUGUUGUAAAGAGUGCUGGCAAAAAGCACAAAAUGACUGGAUCUCGGAAAGCUGAGGGAGAGCGGAGGUGGGCUAUACAACAAAGGUUAGUACUCUUUAUCGUGUUUUACUACAACAAAGUCAAUUUUAUACCAAAGUUCUCCUUUAAAAGUGGUUGCACUGUUAUUUCUUAUACACAGUCAUUAAUUAUUCACGUCUUGCUGUAAUUUCACAAACACAGAGGAGUUUUUUUAUUUUAUUAUUAUUUAUUUAUUUUUUGUUUUCGUUUUUUUUUUUUGUUUUGUUUUUUCAAGUGUUCAGUAUUUAUUCUUUUACAGUAUUUAAAAGACUGUUGGAUUAUGGCUUUAAUUUCAGUCCACACACACAUACACAGACACACACACACACUCAAGGCUUCAACAUGUUCACCUCAGGCCCAGGCUGCUGCUGCAGAAAGGGGGUUUUACUGUAUCAGAGGACCGGUGGGUCUCAGUCUGAUUUGAUUGAUUGAUUGAUUUUUUUUUUUUUUUGUAUUAUGCUCAGAAAGCUCUUUUGAUUAUGCUGAACCACAAAAAAGUGUAGUUACAGUUGGUGUUCUAAAGAAUCAGUGGUACUCAUCAACCAAAUUUAGCAUAUCGAGUGUUAUUCACACUACACAUAUAUUUAUAUGCAUAUCAGUGUGUUGCAGUAUUUGAACCAAUGCAAUUAAAGUAUUCAAAAUUUGUACAA